CCACCAGCAGGCAUGCCGCAGUAUUCCAACUAUGGCCAGCCGCAAGCCCUGCAACCCGCCACGCACAACUACGCGCCUCAAGCUUACGGCCAGUACUCAUACAGCACAAUGCCGCCCAUGUCUGCGGGUCAUCCCGUGACUUCCUCGAUGGCUGGACCCAUGGUUCCACAAAACUCAUUGCCUCUUCCGACAAUGCAGUCAAACGCCGGUCCACCUUCUGCUGGCGGCAAUCAGCAAUUCCAGCAGUCGUUUGACACCACCGGCCAGAUCGCACCGCCGGGUAUGAAGCCUCGAGUCACCGCGACGUUGUGGGAAGACGAAGGCAGUUUGUGCUUCCAGGUGGAGGCCAAUGGUGUUUGUGUUGCGCGACGUGAGGACAACCACAUGAUCAACGGCACCAAGCUUCUCAAUGUUGCUGGUAUGACUCGAGGACGUCGAGACGGUAUUCUCAAGAGCGAAAAGACACGCCACGUUGUCAAGAUUGGUCCAAUGCAUCUCAAGGGUGUUUGGAUUCCCUUCGACCGCGCGCUGGACUUCGCCAACAAGGAGAAAAUCACCGAGCUCCUGUAUCCUCUAUUUGUUUAUAACAUUGGUGCCCUGCUCUACUACCCUGCGAACCAGGCGCGUCAAAGCAUCAGCAAUGCCGCUAUGGCAGCGAGACGAGAUCCCGGUCAACAGCAAGAAUACAUGCGCACUCCGCAAGGCACGCAGCCGCCUGCUCUUACCUACUAUCACUCGAUAUCAACCCCUAUCGGUGCUAGCGUUCCACAGCCGCCGCACUCCAUCGCACCCUACCCAGCCUCGGGCAGACCAGGUCUUGACCGAGCCCAUACAUUUCCAACACCACCGACCAGUGCUUCGGGUUUGACAAUGGGCAUGGGCAACGCAGGAAGCACAUACGAGUACGGAGGAGCAGGUGCUCCGAUUCAAUCAGGUCAGCCUCUUUCCAUUGAAACUAGCAUGUCUGCAAGAACUGUGCCAACCACCCCCUUAGCUGCUCCUUCUCCUGGUCACUCACACGGUAUCCCACAAUACCAAACCAGCCAGCCACAAUACCAGAGCCAGCCAUAUUCUGCACCUGGCUCGUACAGUUCGCAGUACGGUCAGCAACCUGGUGGCAUGAAUCGCGGCUAUAGUGGCAUGCAGGCCAGCCCCGGCGGUGUCAAGACCGAAAUGGGUCCGCCAGCACGCGCUGGCGCUGAAAACGAGCAUGGCGAGAGCAAGCCUCAUGAUGGCUACAACAGCCACCAAGACGCUGAUGGAGAGCAUGAGGGUGAAUAUACCCACACUAGUGCGUCUUAUGACGCCAGACGACAAUCGUACAAUUACAAACCUAACGCAGCGUCAGGACCCCUGCACUCGGCUCAUGCUCAGAUCUCGCCUGAGAUGACACACUCGCCGCAUCAGAAUGGAGCUCCGAGCUCUGCAACGCCACGCACGACCAGCACCUACACCGGCUAUAACGAUACCCCUCAGCGACCAGCGCAAUUGCCAUCGAGCAACUUGAACUACGUCAUGAGCAACGAUGCCCGAGCUGGCGCGCCUAAUGGUCACGAUUCUGCAUAUCAUUCCGGUUACCACCCGGCGCCUCAGUACCCUGCCGUCAACGGCGUGCUCAACGCCAAUAACAAGCGAGUGCGCGAGGCCGACGAUCAAGAGGACCCAUACAACAGGCCUGGCAGUGCCGCCGAUAAUCUCAAGAGACAACGCACU